AUGAAAGGAGUAGCGGGACAAGGAGGCACAGGAGGAUUUGGAGGAACAGCAGGACUGGGCGGCACAGGAGGAUUCGGAGGAACAGCAGGACUGGGCGGCACUGGAGGACUGGGAGGCACGGGGGGAGCAGGAGGAUAUGCUGCUGCCAAAGCUGCUAAAUAUGGAGCAGGGGGACGAGGAGGAGCAGGAGGACUGGGAGGCACAGGAGUACUGGGAGGAACAGGGGGACUAGGAGGACUGGGAGGUGGAGGAUACCCUUCAGCUGCUGCUGCUGCUAAAGCUGCAAAAUAUGGUCCAGGUGGUACAGGGCUUGUUCCAGGAGGUGGUACAGGUGGAGGAGUAAUUCCUGGAAGAAACCCAUAUUUACCAGGAUAUGGGUCUUUGGCCGCUGGUGCUAAACCUCCUAAAUAUGGAGUCCCAGGAGCAGGCCUUGGAUUAGGCGGAGUUCCAGGGGGAGCAGGACAGGUACUUCCCGGCGGUGCAGGCUAUGGUGGUUAUGGAGCUGGUGCUGGAGUCAAACCCCCCAAAUAUGGAGUUCAAGGAGGAGCUGGAACAGGGUUAGGAACAGGAGUGUAUGGAGGAGCAGGAGGAGUUCCUGGUGCAGUACCUGGCCUGGGUGGUGGACAAUAUUCUGCUGCUGCAAAAGCUGCUAAAUACGGAGGUGCUGGAGCAGGGUUAGGAACAGGGGUACUGGGAGGGACAGGAGGAGCAGGAGGAGUUCCUGGUGCAGUACCUGGCCUGGGAGGUGGGCAAUAUUCUGCUGCAGCAAAAGCUGCUAAAUACGGCAUUACAGGAGGCGUUGGAACAGGGACAGGAGGAGUUGGAGGACUUGUACCUGGAGGACUUGGACCUGGAGGACUUGUACCUGGAGGACUUGUACCUGGAGCUGGAGGAUAUCCGGGCGGUGUGAAACCACCAAAACAUGGAGGUAUCACUGGAGUAGGACUCGGUGGGCCAGGUGCGACUCCAGGCACCGUUAUCAGUGGUGGCCCUGAUGGCUCUGUUGUUGGACUGCCAGGAAAGGAUACAGGUCCUUCUGGAACUCCUCAACCAGAGCCUACGCCUAUUUCCGCAAUAGGCAAUACCACAGAGGUCCAACGGCCCAUUUCUGGUGGAAUUAUUCAUCCCAGUGCUGGCACAAGUAUUGGUGGAGCCGGAGUUCAAGUACCUUCUGGUGUUGGUCCAACAGGCCAAGGUCAUCCAGGUACGUGCAAAUAAUCUGUUUGUUUCCGAGAUUUACUGAUGUGUAACACGUAUAAAAGUCAGGUCGCACUUUGAUAUCACACCUACUUCUUUUUUUUACCUGACAUGCUGAUAUUUGACUUUUUUGUUCAAAGAAAGCCUGGAUAAACAAAUCUAAACAAAUUAUUGAACAAGUCAUUAAUUAUUACAUUUAUUUUGUUGCAGUUGAGUCUUGGAAAUAUCAUAGAGUCACUAGGUUAACUGUCCUUUAGUUUUAAUACUGUAUGUAUUUUCCUUUGUAUUUGGGUCUAUUUUGUAGUUGUUAUUUUUUCUUUCUGGCUAUGCUUUUUUGACACCCAAUAGUUUAAUUGGGAUUUUUAUUUUUGUCUUAUGUAUUUUUCUUACGGGAAGUG